CUUUGCGCAUAUUUUUCCAGAACCAUACUGCAUAAGUAGUACCAAUUAUUGGUUGGUUACUCAUGCUUUCCCCUAGUGUCACGCUAUUGAUGCUGCUAAUUAACCUUCCCUUCUAGUUCAUCUAGAGAGAAAGACGUACUACGUACUGUACGUAGGCGGCAUUAUUUAGCUUAGACACCGCGAAUUUCCAAAUAGAAAACAGGGGUACGCCGUGAAUUAGCUAGUUAGUCGCAAAUGGAGGCAACGGAUGAAGGGAGUAAUGGCAAGGACUGCAUCCAAAGCAAGGAAAAUUAUGCAGAACAACAUAAAUUAUCACUCAUGAGCUCUUUUGUUGAAUGUCGUGAUCCUUCUUCUAAGGGUGUUGAUGAAUUGACACUAAGAAGAUUCUUAAGAGCUCGUGAUCUGGAUGUGGAGAAGGCGGGGGCUAUGAUCUUGAAGUAUCUAAAAUGGAGGAGGACAUUCAUACCUAAAGGAUAUGUGUUAGACACAGAGAUAAAGAAUGAAGUUGCACAAAACAAAGCUUUUGUAGGAGGUAAUGAUAAGAAAGGACGCCCUAUACUGGUUGUACAGGCUCGUCGACACUUUCAAAACACCACACCAGGUGGUUCUGAUGAGUUCAAGCGAUUUGCUGUGUAUGCUCUUGACAAGAUGUGUACAAGGAUGCCCCUUGGACAGGAAAAGUUUUGUGCUAUUGGGGAUCUUCAAGGAUGGGGAUACUCUAACAGCGACAUUCGUGGAUAUCUUGGGGCUCUUUCUAUUCUGCAGGACUGCUACCCAGAAAGACUAGGCAAGAUGUACAUACUCCAUGCACCAAGAAUCUUUAUGGCAGUGUGGAGGAUUAUCUACCCCUUCAUUGACGACAACACCAAGAUGAAAAUAGUAUUUGUGGAUAAACGGCAGCUAACUUCAACCUUGCUCGAAGAUAUCGAUGAAAGCCAACUUCCUGAUGUAUAUGGAGGAAAACUGCAACUGAAGCCUAUUCAGGAUGCCUGACAAUACCAAACAAUUUCAGGAACCAGGACCUUCUACAGAAUUCAGUCAUUUAUUCCACCACUGAUAACUCUGUUCAGGAGUACAUUGUUAGGAAAUUAUGCAACUUUCCUAAUGAAUUAGAUUAGUAGGAAUAACAAUAAUAUUUAAAAUAACACACACAAACAAAUUGAUUAUCCGACAAGUGUUAUAAUCUCUAAAUACCGUGCAAAACUUUUACUGAAAAAGAUAAAUAAUACACAAGUGUUCACAACACUUAUUGUAACUCACAACCUAUAUGUACCCCAAUUAUACUCUAAAAAUUCUUUUAAAGAUUUUUUCUCUCUCUCCUUUAUAUUU